GCUUGAGCGUGGGACAGAAAGACCGUGAGCAGAAGUUGAAGUUUGGCACGCGGCUGCACAUCCAUGAGGGAUCCACGGAGCUGAGGCACGUUUUCUCCUCAGGUGUUGUUCGGAAACACAUCGCUGCGGAGAGUUUGUGGAGCGGACUGUGGCUUAUGGCACCACUGUCGUGCGUCAUGAAUCCUGCGCAAGGAUCUCCUGCAUCGACUCCAACUGGGGACACCAUAAAGGAGCAAGCGUCCCAAAUAUGCACAGAAAGUAGUGAGCUGGACCUCUCCUCUGCCAAAAGGUGCAAAGUGAAAAGUGUGGACCUGCCUUUUAGUGUAGAGUCCCUUAUAUCGAGGACGCCGAGCAGAAACGUCCAAAACGCUGGAAUGGGCUAUGUCCGACCUGAGGAGAGCGCAUCACAACGGGAACUUUUGCGGCCCAAAACUGAAGCGGCGGACCUAAGCGACACCGAGGCAGGACACUGGAUUCAGCCCAGUUACACGUCAUCUCCAAGACUACCCAGCCCAGCCGCGUGUAACCUGCGCAAACACAAGAACAACAGAAAACCUCGCACUCCCUUCACCACGUCCCAGCUGCUGUCCCUGGAGAGAAAGUUCCGUCAGAAACAGUACCUGUCCAUCGCAGAGAGAGCGGAGUUCUCCAGCUCCCUGUGCCUCACAGAGACACAAGUCAAGAUCUGGUUUCAAAACCGCAGGGCCAAGGCCAAGAGGCUGCAGGAGGCCGAGCUGGAGAAGAUCAAGUUGGCAGCGAAGCCGCUGCUGCCGGCUUUCGCCUUCCCGUUCGCCCUGAACGCUCCGCUGAAUGCCCCGGCUCUAUAUGGGGCUCUGAACGGCCCGCGGCCCGCUUUGCCUGUACCAGGACUAUACAGUGGACCCUAUGGGAUGUACUACCUGUCAUAAACUAAAUGGUUAUAGAAUGUGCCUUGAAACUACGCAACGAAAAAUAGCUGGACGUCAAACCUUUCCCUAAUUGCAUUUAGCGGGAUUAAACCAUUUUCUUUAAAUACGGGGCACAAUUCACCAUUUAUUUCCAAUGGAAAAAAUUAUGUCGCUUAGCUCACAUAGGCCUAUUACUCACUUUGAAUGAAGUUUUGAGUUUUUUUCUUCAAAUCCCAAACUUCACACAGGACAAGCCCUCUGGUCUAAUUUU